AUAGUGUCUAAUAUACAUUUUAUGUUAAGAUUGAUGGAACAAGUACAAGCCUGUGAUGAUUCUGAUCAGCGGGAAGGAGACCAAAGUGAUCCGCAAGAAUUUAACAUUUCGGUAUCUGAAGCUCAAGGCGCGACUCAAAUUGGAAACAAAAACAAAGUUAUUCACAAUCAUAAUCAGCAAAGUACAAGUACAAGUCAGAUAAAUGUUGUCAACUUCAAUCACUGCCCUACUACAUAUCUAGUUGGAGGUGAACAAGGUAGUGUCAAUGUAUCAUAAAUUGGAUGUAGCUGUACAGGCAUCCCGCGUACAUUUAUCAAAUGUAUAUAGAUUUCAGUUCAUGUAGCUAUCAGAAUUUCUGGAUUUUGCAUCAAAGCCUGUUCAUACUGUACGAGCCCAGUUACCGAGACGUCUUACGUACCUAUGAAUACUAAAAAAAUACAUUGAGUUUAUAUAAGGAAGUGGGCUAGCGCACUUGUCGAGGUUCCGUCUGCGUAAGCCAAGACCAUGGUAUAGGCGAGAGGAAAAAUCUUCCAAAGGUCACUCCCACAGCCCGCCUAUAUUUAUUACGUGCAAUUUAAUACUUAGCUAAUGUAUUUUUUCCUUUCGCAAAAUAGCUUUAUUUAUGUUGCUUUAGUAAUGUUUUUUAUGCAAGGAAAUGAAGAUAAAGACAAAAAUCGUCACUGUAAAAACGGCUCGGUAAAAUAACCAAUUCGAAUUGUUUGUCUCAGAUGCAUUGGUUAUCUUUUGACCAAUAUUAUUUGGCAAAUUUAGUUAAACAACAUAUAAUUUUCGGUUUAACCAAUAAAAUGUUGAUAAAAUAUAAAGUGCAUCUGUGACAACCCAUUAAAAUUGGUUCUUUUAAUUAAAUUGUUUUCACAGUACAAAACUGAAACAUUAAAUUUGUGCGUGUUGCACAUGUUUUGCAAGCGCUAAUUAUAAAACAGUAUUGUAAUUUCAUCUUAGCAAGCGGGAUGAAAACCUAAUUAUCAAUUAACGCACCAAUAUAUUCGCCUUGCAUGUUAUUAUAGCUGAUGACAUCUCGGACUGGGAUCAUAUAAACAGACCCUGGUUUUCCUAUUUUCAUCAGAGAUCAGGGCCGUAACGUUACUAGACGCGAUAAUUGGGGGAUGCAUAUAUUCAUGUAUUCGUGUUCUGCCCUACUGAUUUCUUUUGAAAGUGAUUGUUUUUACGGUAUGCAUGUGAACAUGAAUAUAUGAAUAUGCACCCUCUCCCCCCCCAAAAAAAAAAAAUUAUCGCGUCUAGUUAGCUAUGGCCCUGUCAGAGAUUGGACGAAUCAUUGCAGCCCAAGUUUAAACGUCACUCUUAUCAUGUACUGAACCUGAUGUAUAAGUCACCUAUAACUCAUGCACUGUUGGAGCUGCAUUCGCAUUGAAAAACUGCACAUCAAAAGUUCAACGUUUUAACAGGGGCGGCGAAGUAUUAAUGAGAAAAAAAGGGGGGAAAUGUUUUUGGUGUGCAGUAGUCGAAAUGACUCAACACACUUCACUUACACCUCUCACCCCACUCCCUCCCCCCAUUCAAAUAGGGCUAGCCCUGCCCCUGUGUUUUAACUCGGCCUUAUUGACCAGAAUAAUGAUCGAAACACAAUUCGACAAAUUGCAACUGACUACGAUCAUUUCAGUAACCUUCAUACAUGCAGAUGCAUGCAGUUACGUAAAUUUUGCUUCUACACAAGACAUAGAUAUUUAAGAAUAUAAAACCCAUGGGAAAAGAUAGUUGAAGGGUAUGCAGUAUGUAGAAGGGAAUUAUCAACCAGGUAUAGGUCCUUGGCAGGAGUCGAGCCUGCAUGCAGCCCUGCGAUUUCGGUGGAGGGUUCCAUGCAACCAAUUGAGCUAUAGACGCCAGUGUCCAGUAAAUGUAUAUAAAUUUACCCUCGAUAAUUUCCAUCUACAAGACCAUUCAACUAUUUUUCAUCGAGCGAGAUGCCAACAAAACCUGUAUAUUUAUGGAAAAAAUAUACCCUAUAUAAUGUGAAGGAAUGUUCUCGUCUGCUAGUUCUGCUAUAAUAUCUAGAUAAUGUUCCUAAGGGUUUAAGGUAAGAAAUGACAAAAUUUUAUCGCGGCGUUAUUAGCAUUCAAGAACAAACGAUCAUGAAGAAAUGUAAUUAUCAUGAUUGAGUAGACUCUGCUUCUUUUGAAACUGAAGAGACUUAAUAAUGAAUUUUGCAAAAUGCCAAUAAAUUCACAUGAUAUGCCUUUUCACUUUACUGCAUGUAAGAUAAAUACAUAUGAUAUACGAUUUCACUUUACUGUAUUUCAGCUGUUUUACUUUAUCUAUUACUGCAUAUAAGUCAAUGUUAUCAUAUUAAUAUUUUCCAUUUCAGGUUUAGCAGAUAACAUAAUAUAUUACCUCCAACCCCCAAGAACUAGGCCGGAAUUAAAUUAUGACCAACAAAGGGACAUCCACGAAGGUACCGUAUAUCUAACUACUUCAGCAUUAACUGUUUUUAAAGCACAUGUGUAUGCAUUCAAAUCUGCUAUAAAACCAUACAUAUGAGAAAAUCUAUGCGGGAAACCUGGGAUAAUUUGCACAAGACCAUAUUUAAUUCCAUUAUCAUUUUUUUGAGUUUUAUAAAAUUAUCAUAAAUAUUCUUCACUAAGUGUAAUAUUGAAUCUGGUUGAAUUUUAUAUGAAAUCCUAUAGCUUAGGGGUCCAUAAUAUAUAUUUUGGUGAUUUAAUAUUUUUAUUUGUGUUGAUAAUAGUUAAUAAUUUACCAAGCAAAAACACCAUCACAGGGACCUAUCUGCCCCCUCCCCUGCCAGCACGCUACUGUAGUAGAUUUACUUCUUAAGUAUAAAAUAUAUACAAAUCUGUUUCAAAACUGCGAUCCAACAAUAUAGUCAAAAACGAAUAACGUAAUAUUUUUUAGGCGAACAACAAUACGACGGUUAUUUAAAGCCAGCUGGAAUUUCGGUAUUAAACAAGGCAG